UCCCUUCCCACCGCCGCGGGGCUUGUGGGGUGGGAGAACCCAUGCCCAGCCCGAAAGCCAUGAAGGGCCCCGCGCCCUGCUGAGACUCUAGGUAACACACACAGAAGUUUACCAUGGCAUCUGUGAUGCCAUCCUUUACUUUCAAGGAGUUCUGCCCCUUGUAUUACCUCCUCAACGCCAUUCCUACGAAGAUCCAAAAGGGAUUCCGUUCCAUUGUGGUAUACCUCACUGCACUUGACACCAAUGGGGACUACAUCGCUGUGGGCAGCAGUAUCGGUAUGCUGUAUCUGUACUGCAGGCACCUAAACCAGAUGAAAAAAUACAAUUUUGAGGGGAAAAGUGAGUCUAUUACAGUUGUGAAACUCUUGAGCUGCUUUGAUGAUCUUGUUGCUGUUGGAACAGCUUCAGGCAAGAUAGCUAUUUUUCAGCUGGUCUCUUCGUUGCCUGGGAGAAACAAACAACUUCGAAGAUUUGAUGUGUCUGGUAUCCACAAGAGUAGCAUCACAGCCUUGGCAUGGAGUCCCAAUGGAAUGAAGUUAUUCUCUGGAGACGACAAAGGAAAAAUUGUGUACUCUGCGUUGGAUCUCGAUCAGGGCCGUUGCCAUUCUAGUUUGGUCUUAGAAGAGCCGUCUUCAAUUGUGCAGCUAGAUUAUAGCCAGAAAGUGUUACUGGUCUCCACUUUACAGCGAAGUCUACUCUUUUACACAGAAGUAAAAGCUGUCAAGCAGAUUGGAACCCAGCCUAGGAAAAGCACUGGGAAAAUGGGAGCAUGUUUUAUACCUGGGCUGUGUAAGCAAAGUGACCUGACACUAUUUGCUGCAAGGCCUGGGAUUCGGCUUUGGAAAUCGGAUGUGCACGGGACUGUACAGGCCACGUUUAUUUUGAAAGAGGUGUUUGCUGCUGGAACGAGACCUUUUGAAUUAUAUCCUCGGAUGGAACCUGCGGAUAAGGGAAGUUACAAUUUCCCUGAGAGGCAACUCGGGCUCAUUUCUUGCUUUUUCCAGGAAGGAUGGGUGUUGAGCUGGAAUGAGUAUAGCAUCUAUUUAUUAGACACAGUAAACCAGGCUCUGAUUGGCAGUUUGGAAGGGUCUGGUGAUAUUGUGUCUGUGUCUUGUACCGAAAAUGAGAUUUUUCUUUUAAAGGGAGACAGAGAUAUCAUAAGGCUCUCGAGCAGACCUGAAGGACUGGUGUCAAUAGUUUCAGAUAUAAAUUCAAAGUUGACGAGUUCGUUAUCCGAUUUGAGCCCAAAAUUACAGAGCCCGCUCUCAGUCGUUACAUCUGUGUCGCCUGACCCAUUUGUACAAGCAAACCAAAAAUUCAGUAGCUCCCCUUCACCCCAGACUCCUGGUGAUAAAAACGGUUCUCUAACAAGAACUGAUCUGGAAGCAGCUCUGUUAGAGAAAAUCCGCUCACAGAGCUUUGAUGGGCUAGGGGACUUGACUAGUGACCCAAGGAGAAGAGGCUACUCAGUAGCUAGUGAGUCGAGAAGUAGGAGCAGCUCAAUGAAUUCUGUGGACAGUAGCUCCAGUUUCAUGACCAGCGGAGACCCAACCUUACUGGAAGCGCAGAGAGAAGGUCCUCUGUGUUCUCAGAGAUUCAGCGUGAUUAGCUCUGAAGACUUCAACCAAGAACUCGUCGUCAAACCAAUCAGAGUAAAAAAGAAGAAAAGGAAAAGACCUGAAAAUGGGACCAGGAGAAAUCCGAGCUCCCUGGAGAGCACGCCAUGCUCCGAACAUCCAGAUUCUACCAACAGUCCCCAGUCAGUAAACGCAGACUCCCUCUCCAUUACUUUGAGCCUGAUGAGCAGCAUUGUAGACUGCAUGGAUUCUCCAGACCAGGAAAGUCUGGAGCCACAGUAUGUGCUGCGGGAGGAGAACGGCUCCGAAACCUUCAGUGUGCUUCAGUCCCCAGAGUCAGCAGCUGCUCUAACCCCAGAGGGGAACGGUGAAGCUCCUGAGCUGCUGAAACGUUCUAAUGGGGAGAACAGAGCAGGUGCAUUGCCUGCCACGGACUCCUCCUCAGCUUCGAUGCUUGCAGGUGAUAAAAUGGGUAGUGAUGAGGCAGAACGUAACGAGAGCCUUCCAUCCGAACUUGCAGAAACCAACUCGGAGCAGCUGUCCCGAAAUGAAGAGGAAUAUUCUGCCCUGUGUGAAACCAAGUGGAUAGUAAACCAACUAGGUCAGCCAUGUGCUUUAGAUUCUCUAAAAGGAACAGAGCCUGUGACUGGCAUGUUUGCAAAUGUGAAAACAUCUUCCAGUAUUGAGGAAUCUUUUGGCUGGGAAAUUGGUGCUGGACCCCUCCCAGAGCAGAAAUCUGAGCAACCUCUAAUGGAUGGAGCCCCCCUGAGCCUCCUUAAUCAUCCUCUUGCUGUUUCUAAGGAUGAGCCACAUCCCCAAGAGAAUUCCUUACCUGGACAGGAUUUCAGGGAGGCGGUCAACACUAAAUGCAGUGCUAACACUGCCAAUGAAUGGGUAAGCAGUGAUGCUGCAGCUGAGAAAUCAGCAUCAAGUGACGAAGAGGACAUCUAUGGGCAUGGCCUGCCUUUUUCGUCUUCAGAGACUAGUGUGGCGGACAUGGGGGGCUGCCUUGCUCAACCGGAGAAAGUCCAAGCAAGUGUAGAGGAAGGGAUUCUUUUAAAAUCUGAUCAGUUUGCAGAAAGCUGGAUGGGCUAUGCAGGUCCUGGCUAUGGAAUACUGAGCCUGGUUGUCUCCGAUAAAUACAUUUGGUGCCUGGAUUACAAAGGUGGCCUGUACUGUAGUGCUUUGCCCAGUGCUGGUCUGCGCUGGCAGAAGUUUGAGGAUAAUGUCCAGCAGGUGGCAGUCUCCCCUUCAGGGAAUCUUCUCUGGAAGGUUGAACAAAAAACCAAUAAAGCCUUUGCCUGUGGGAAAGUAACUAUAAAAGGGAAACGUCACUGGUACGAAGCUUUACCCCAAGCGGCGUUUGUAUCUCUGAGUGACGACACGGCCUGGAUUAUCAGAACCAACGGUGACUUGUAUCUGCAGACAGGCCUGAGUGUAGAUCGUCCCUGUGCCAGAGCUGUAAAAGUGGACUGUCCGUAUCCGCUGUCACAGGUUACAGCCAGAAAUAAUGUUGUGUGGGCGUUGACUGAGCAGCGAGCACUUCUCUACCGGGAAGGCGUGAGCAGCUUCUGCCCAGAAGGGGAGCAAUGGAAAUGUGAUAUUGUCAGUGAAAUGCAAGCUUUAGAGCCAGUGUGUAUUACGCUCGGAGACCAGCAGACUAUAUGGGUCUUGGACAUCUACGGGAAUCUAUGGUUCAGAACCGGCAUUGUCUCUAAGAAACCACAAGGGGAUGAUAACCACUGGUGGCAAGUAAGCAUUACAGAUUAUGUAGUGUUUGACCAGAGCAGCCUGUUCCAGACCAUAAUCCAGGCAACCCAAACAGUAGCCACAGCCGCCCAGGCUCCUGUCGAGAAGGUAGCCGACAAACUCCGCACAGCUUUCUGGUCGCAGCAACUGCAAUGUCAGCCAAGCCUGCUCGCGGUCAACAGCAGUGGCGUCUGGAUCUCCUCUGGGAAGAAUGAGUUUCACGUAGCCAAGGGAAGCCUGAUAGGUACAUACUGGAAUAACAUUGUGCCUCGCGGCACUGCUUCAGCCACAAAAUGGGCUUUUGUGAUGGCUUCUGCUGCUCCAGCAAAAGAAGGAAGCUUUCUGUGGCUGCGUCAAAGUAACAAGGACCUGUUCUGCGUCAGCCAUCAAAACCCGCAGUUCCACCCUUCCACUGUUCAGCUCCCCCUUGAUGCUGAGAUGGUACAUUAUUCUGCUUGCCAGGAUGCUAUAUGGGGCUUGGAUAAUCUGGGACAAGUCUUCAUAAGGACGCUUUCGCCAACUUGCCCAACUGGGAUGCAUUGGACCAAACUGGACCUUUCUCAGCUAGGUGCUGUGAAACUGACGGGCUUAGCCUGUGGAAAUCAGCACAUCUGGGCCUGCGAUAGUUGUGGUGGUAUCUACUUCCGGGUUGGUACUCAGCCUCUGAACCCGAGUUUGAUGCUGCCUGCCUGGAUCAUGAUUGAGCCGCCAAUCCAGCCAGUUGGAGUCAACUUAAUCAGUGUCUUCUCAAGUCCCAAUGACCAGAGCUUGUGGGCCAUCGAUACCAAAUGGAACGUUCAUGUCCGUAUUGGGAUUACUGAGGAGAUGCCCGUGGGCACUGAUUGGGAGCAUGUUCCAGGACUUCAGGCCUGUCAGUUGGCAAUAAGUACAAGAACGGUUUGGGCCCGCUGCCCAAAUGGGGAUGUGGCACGGCGGUACGGCAUCACAGAUAAAAACCCUGCAGGAGACUAUUGGAAGAAAAUUCCAGGGAAUGUUUCUUGUUUGACAGCUACUCCUCUAGAUGAACUGUGGGCAAUCGGUGCCUCAGGACACCUCCUUCAGCGUCUCACAAAGACCUUCUACCACUCUCACUCCUUGCAGAAACAUGGCAAUGCUUCUCUCCUGUUUCACUCUGACGAUUUCGAAGACGAAUGGGAAGUCAUAUGAGGCUGUCAGAAGAUGCAGAGGGGUAAACGAGCAAGGAAACACACUCGGAAAUCCUGUUACAUGCCGGAACGUCAGGCUUUUAAAGCCACACACAUUUCAGUGAUAUUCGCACUUUGGUAUUAAAAAAGGAAAAGAAAACUGACCAGUCCAAAAAUUGUGUAGUGAGGUGUCUUAUUUCAAUAUCUCUCAGGCGAGAUGGGCAAUGUGGCUUAAAAAGUUGUUGACUUGUCUUAUUGUAGCCGUUCUAUUUUGAAAUAUAACAUCAAUUAACCUCAUUAACUGCAAAUCUGUUUUGCUAUAGCAUGCACAAUUGUAUGUGUAUUAUGAUAGGAAGGGCUCCUCUGUCACAUUAAAUUUUCCCAACAGCUGAAAAGGGUUUUUUUUUUGUUUCUUCUUGUACUUAAAACUCCAAGUAGAAGAACAUGGGCACAGAUGGGACGCAGACUACAUUCGGCUGAUGAUAUAGUUCGGUGUUAAGCUGAAGAUCUUUUCAGAAGUGUGUUCUGUAUAACUUCCACCAUCCCAAGGAAUUUUGGCUUGUUGUGAUGUGGGUUAAAAACCUUAAUUUUAACACUGCCUAAGAACUUGGACAUUGGUUGUCCCUUACUGACUUUUCUUCAGCAGGUGUCCAAGAGUGGACUAACCUGACUGUUGUGAGUUAGAUUUUUAAAACAAGAGUGCCUCUGUGGGUUGCAUUAAUCCCUUGGCCCAACUGAAUCGUGCCUCUAACUAGAGUAGACUUUGAACUUUCUUUAUUGUAAAUGAUAAUUAAGAAAAACGAGAAAGUGGCAUAAAGAAAUAUAUUUAUCUCAGAGAAAAGUCUGUGGUAAUAGUCACAAUAUGUCUUCACAACGGUGGAUUUUAGCUACAUUAGCUAAAUCUUGUAAUGUCGUACCUUAUCUGAGAUGUUUACAGCAGAAGUGCAUAACUUGUUGGUUUAUUAAUUAGGGCAGCUUACAGUUUGUGAAAGCUAAUUUUCUUAAUAACAAAACUGAAGGUCAAAAGAAUUUGUUCAGUGGCUUAGGCAGAAAGGCUGGUGGCAUUUGGUUUUUGUUUCUAAAAUAGCUAAUUGAAAAACAUAAAUAUCUCUUAGAAUGUCUAAACAACUGAAGAAUCUGCAAAUGAGCCACUUCCAGUGGGGUGGGGGAAGAAGCUUGAGAACAUGCAAUGGUACCAACGUUGUACCUUUGUUUCUUCUCCCACCCUUGUUACUUACUGCUUGGGGUGGAAUUUACAUGCGAGAACCACCAUGGGGGAGGGAAAGGGUUGGCGCCCCCUCCCCUCACUACCCUGAUCCUUCAGAGCAGAUGGUGGGGUUUGCAAAGGAAAAGAUUUCCCGCAUCCCAUUUAGUCUGGCUGUCAGUGCAAAGUAAACAGGGCAAGUGUUUUCCUCCUUGCGGAAAGAAACGAGCAGAGCCGGAUCCACAGGUCCUCCAGGUAUCGAGAAUUACCUUUGUGGCUCUGCAUAUGUUUUUGAAGCAGGACUUGCAUAAUUAACACUCGGUUUCUCAAUCUACCCUUUCAGCGGUGUGACUUGGAGGUCAUAUUUGCUUCCCAUUGAGAGCUGAAAUGUUUUGCUUGAUCUCUUCCUCCUCUAUAUAAGGAAUCGGUCUCAAAGAGUUUCUUUUUUUAGUCCAUCACUGGGUUGUAAGAGGCACUACUGACGUUUACUUGGUUCAAAUGGGUAGGCUAUUUUGAGGAGCCCUGGGGGAAGUGGAUCUUUAAAGGAGGGUUCAGACGUUGAGGACUUUAAAAGAAUAGGGGCGAACAGUUACAUGCCACCUGGCCAAGAACCAGAUGUUCACCUCCAGUACUGAAAAAUAACAUUUUAUGGGUAUUACACUUCAGGGGGGGAACCCUCUUGGUCAUGGCUUGAGCUUGCUAGAUGUUCAUAUUCCGUACAGUAAAUUGACCUUGCUUUCUUGAUGAAUAUUAACUGAUGUUGACAGCCCUUCUAAACCCAUGGGACUUUUUGUAUAGUCUCAUCUAACAAUCGGAAAUGUUUUCCAUCCUUAGCUUCAUUUCUGUACAGUUGUGUUUCUUUUGUGCUUUCAGACAAGUGCAAUAAACUAGCCUUUUUCUUAAAAAGAA